GAGCUCGCCCUCCCCCAUAUUGUUCGCAUAUUGCCAGCUCUCGAUCCCCUCUCGCUAUCGGGAGGACAAAUUGCCAAACUUUCAUCUGGAUCCCCGGAAUUCGCGAAAUAUGGCUUCACCGGCCCCUGUUGCGCCGGGUUCCACCCCUCCCGAGUGCCCCACGAUAGAGGACCGGCAAGAGGCCCCUAUCCAAAAUCGAGACACCUCGGGCAACUCCCUAGUUGGUCAUUUCAGCUACCCGAUUGAACAGGAGGAGCUUGAAGGGUCCGACGGCUACUCUAGCGACGACGAUUUAUUCGAUGACGAGCUGAAUGAUCAGGAUUGGAUCGGUGGUGGUGGCGGUGACAUUACAAAAUCUUACAACAGGCAACGCGCUAGCGUGGAGAAGGGAGCUGCACCUGCAGCAGCGAAGCCAAAUGCCCAGAAGCCGAGGGCAAACGUUACUGCGAGGAUCGAUGACCAGAUCUCGAGUCUAGCAAAGUUUGCUUCACGCAUCAAGUUGGGGGAUCUGGAGGAUGCGGCGGGCGGAGGCAAAGGCGAUAGGUGUGCAAUUUGGCGGGAAGCACUGGCAAGGCUCUGGGGUAUGAGGCUAAUUGCUCAAUGCCAGAUCCAAUGACAAGUCGGAUCGCGCUACGAGCGAGCAGGUUCUUGAUCCUAGAACUCGUACCAUUCUUAUGCAAUUCCUCAAUCGAAGUAUUAUCAAUACCAUUCACGGAGUGAUUUCUACUGGAAAGGAGGCAAACGUGUACUACGCGGUUUCAGAUCCUGAUCCGGAUUCCGGGUCCUCUAGGUUACAGCAUCGCGCUGUCAAAGUCUACAAGACAGCUAUCCUGGUGUUCAAAGACAGAGAUCGUUAUGUCAGUGGCGAGCAUCGCUUCCGUAAUGGGUACAACAAGGGUAACAACCGUUCAAUGGUAAAAUUGUGGGCGGAAAAGGAAAUGCGGAAUUUAAAGAGGCUAUAUAUGGCCGGCAUUCCUUGUCCCAAACCUGUUUACCUCAAGCUUCAUGUCCUUGUGAUGGGUUUUAUCGGCGAUAAGCAUGGACAGCCAGCGCCCAGGUUAAGGGAUGCUGGCAUCAAUGAUGAAGAGACCUGGGAUCUGCUCUAUCAGGAACUAGUCUGCCUCAUGAGGACUAUGUACCAACAAUGCAAACUGGUACACGCUGACUUGAGCGAGUACAACAUCCUCUACUUCGAGAAAAAGCUCUAUAUUAUCGACGUUAGUCAGAGCGUAGAACACGAUCAUCCUAGAAGUUUGGAAUUUUUGAAAUCGGAUAUCAAAAACAUCAGCGAUUUCUUCAAGAGGAAGGGUGUCGAUACCAUCAACGAGAUAUCGGUCUUUGAGUUCAUCACCAAAGCUGGCCUGGGGUCCCCAACCGACGGAGAAAGCGAAGGUGCGGCUACCUCAAGAUACCUCAGGGAGCUUCCUAGAGGUGCUGGGGAAGAGGCCGAGGAACGUUUUUUUCGAGAAGCCUACGUGCCCAGAACUUUAGAGGAGGUUUACGACGUUGAGCGAGAUGCUGAGAAAGUAGGCCGUGGCGAGGGCUCCGACUUGGUAUACCGUGAACUUCUCGCCGGGGGAGAUGAAGACGCGAAUAGCGAGGACGAAGAAGAUUCUGGAGAACAAACUGAUGAUAGCGAUGAGGAUGUAGGGAGUGACGGAACCGAGCAUAUUCACAAGAAGGAUAGAGACAUCAAACCUAGGGGAAAGAAACAUGAAGAUAAGGAUGAGAAGAAGGUACCCUCCCUC